GUUUCGCUGUAGGCAAUUGUUGUACUCCGUCAAGAGCUCUAUCACCAGUCGCUUGUCGAUCUUGUCGAUACAUCUAUUAAUGGCGAGGCGUCAUUUUGACUGCUCAGCCUUCCUUCCCCCACAUAUCACAUCAGCCCGUCAAGUCGUGAAUCCGUCGGAUCACGACCUUCCUGUACCUCCUCGUCCUCGAUCCUGCGAUAGCACUCUUUAGACCUUGUGGAAUUUGUGUCGUCCAUAUGGCACUUGCGUUGGCCGCUGUGGCUUUCUCGUGCGCCGCACUGCUGGCAUGCCUUCUGCCCGCAUACUGGAGUUCGCGGAACGUCGCCAUGCUGGCCCUCAUCUGGUGGCUGAUUAUCUGCAACAUAAUCCAAGGCGUGAACGUGGUUUUUUGGGCAGGGAAUGUCGAAGUGAGAAUCCCUGUCUGGUGCGACAUAGGCACGAAACUGCUGCUGGGCGUACGAGUAGCCUUGCCUUCAGCCUGUUUAUGCCUAUCCAAUCGAGUGCGACAUCUUCUCGUGACGGGCGACGCCAGAGGGGGUAUUGGCGUCCUCUCUUUUGACUUGACAAUGUGUAUCAUAGUCCCUGUUGUCUACAUGGUACUUCAUAUAAUCGUGCAAAGCCACCGAUUCAACCUGACGGAGAACUUCGGAUGCUCACCCGCUGUAUACAACUCCGUCCCCGCUCUGUUCCUGGUCUGGUUACCACCACUCGUUCUCUCUGUAUCCGCCAUCGUCCUCACCUGUGUCACUAUACGCUGCGGUCACCGGCGCGGCUUCACGCUUCUCCGCACCAGCCGGUCAGCUAGCUCCGGCCGCCACAUCUUCGACUUUCUCCGGCCGCUGCUCAGAUCCUUUCUGAUUGCAUCACUGUUCCUGGCUUCUUCUGCAUUCACCUUGCACGCUGCGCUUGCAUCCUCUCCUCUCCUUCUUCCUUGGACGUCGUGGCGCGUCGUCCAUGCGCACUUGUCUCAGGCGAACAUCAUCCGUCGCUCUGCGGCACUGACGGUGUCAGACAUUAAAGUAACGUGGUGGAUGAUACCCGCCUCAUCCUUCGUGCUCAUCGGGAUGUUCCUCGUGAACCUGGCUCGUGCUUCGCGCGAAGACAACUCGCUGGAGGGUUAUCGCACGAUGGUAUGGCGCGCGAGCAUCUUGUUCACAGGGAAGAACGAGGUGAGGCCGCUGUCCACCUCUUCUUCCGUCAUGGAUCUGCAGCCGCAAAUGUCGUCCAAGCGAUCCUCGGAGACGCUGAUGUCGAUUCACCCCAUGUAUCCGGACCACAAGGGAAGCACGAAUUCUCGAUCCCGCGCGCGAGUCAAGUUGCCGCCGCUGUCCAUCCCGUCUUGUAGCGACAAGGCUGCCUCGCCUCCGACAUCUAUCUCCUCUGACGACACGGACAUCAGCUUCGCCCAGUCCGCGAUGUCUUACCUCGAUUCGCCGGUCGGGCGCGCAGCGAUCGCUUCCAUGCCUCGUCCGCCUUCCAUCUUCCGCCCCUCCAACAUACCUGGACACCUGCCUGACAUGCCUCCGCCUGCCGUCGUUGCGGACGCUGUAGCGGAGUCUGCCCUCAGGAACGAAGACGAGAUACAUCGAUCCGGCUCGCGACGGCGACCUAGCUCCAUAAUCGCGGGCCCAUGGCCACGACCUCCGACCUCCCUUCCGCCGUCGCCUGUGAAGCUUAUGGACGUGUCUCCCAUUUCUCCUACGCGGCCCAACGCAAUGCCUCCCAUCGCUCCGGACCAAGUCGUCACGGUGCCGUCACCCGUCGUUCAUCGCCUACGCCCGCCAAGCAGUACAUCUGUCGAUGUGAGCCUCGUAUCUUCGACGGUCAGCACUUCCGCAUACGCGCUGGAACCCCCGCCGGAUGCUCUGCACGACUCGCCGACGCUGCCCCACUUCGCGCCCUUCGCAGACGCCGGGGUGCCAGCAAGUUAUGCGCAUGCAUCUAGGACAGAGCAAUUCGUGCCGAGGCACGCGAGGAGGACGCGUAGUAGGGACGGGCUCCCUGCUCUCGGGAGGACCUUGAGCCUCAGCGGCCUGCGCGGCAGGGACAAACGCUCGGAGGGCCUUGACGGCGGCGUCUACAUGACAGUGGUCCAAGAGACGGUUUGACUCUGAGGCAGGUCACGACAUCCCUACGAAUCCACGAUCUGUCCAUUUUCAUUGGUUAACUGCUCAUAUGUUUUCGUUCCUAAGUUGCAGUACUCACAUACCCUGUAUCCAUCCUCCCCCGCCGAUAGCAUCCCCUCCCCUGUAGCCAUUGUUCUGUAUCAUAGUUAAGGGCUCUGUCAUAUACCUGGAUGUAGCACGAUUGGACAAUCCACGCAGGUUGUGCGCAGCUUCUCACACAUACAUCGCCAGUGCACUGUUUGCGCCGGAGCGUAUAGGCUUGGUGCCGCGUGACCGGUAGUCUUCACGGAAGAGAACAACGUCAACGGUGACGGUCGGCCAACCUGUGAUGAGCAGUAUGACAUAGACUGACAAAUCAACGAAAAUAUGAGUUGGAGGCGAUGAGAGAC